UGGUCGCUGUUCAACACUGUUUUGGUCUUUUCGCAACCCCGCCAAGAGGUAAAGUCUGUUGCCUGCCGGCAAAAUCUUGUCGCAAAUUAUUCGACGCUUAUAUUAAAAGCGGAAAAGUAAGAGAAGUAAUAUGCGAGGUGUGCGAAAGUGUGCCCAUUGUGGAACGCUCAAUGGGAACCGAGCUGGAAAUCGAUGCGGAAAUACAUCUUGUCCUCAGCACAAGAACGUUCUUGACGCUGUGCAAUUAGUUUGCCUUCGCCCGGGCAUCACGCUUUACUCUUUGAGAACCAAGGAAAAGGACCAUCAGCCGCGUAACUUUGUGGUUAUUGAGGACAUAACCCUAUCACUGCAUUUAAAUGCAGCAGUGGUGUCCAGCAAGGCAGAGUGCCAUGCCGAAAACUGCAAGCAGUCCGCGGUACCUCCCAUCAGGGAUUGCAUUCAUGUUAAAUCUUGUCGCGAGCUGGGAACGGAAAUCCCAAAAGCUCAGGUCUUCAAAGUGACCCGGGAGGUGCUUUGGAAUCUGAACAUUCGAGAGGAGCAAAAGCAGCAGCUCUGGCAGCUCUACAAGCAAGCCGAGGAGCAGGAACGCAUCCCGGCUGUGCAGCGGCUGAAUGCUACAACUUUCGCCGUGAAGUGCGAGCGUUCCGAGUCUUUUCCAGCCGCCCGGCUCCAUGUCACCGCCAUGUCCAGCGGCAAGGGAUGUUAUGCCUGUGCCUGCAAAAAGCUCAAGAUAAUUGUGGAACCGGACAACUCGCUGGUUAUGCAGGACGAGAUAUGCGACCACCUGCUGCUCGUCCUAGCUGGCAUACUCAGCUCCCCGCAGGGCAAACGCAUCUAUGGGAACUUCACCAACGGACUUCAGUCGUUUUGGAUGCCAAUGCAGUUGGAGACACCGCUAGAAGAAGGUGUACCGGAGGAUCUCAGACUGAGCCUGGUCGAUGACUUUGAUCCGCAGGUUGAUAUACUUGUCUUUGGUGAUCACCUAGAUCUUUCUAUGCCGGAUCUGUCCGAGGGGGUCUUUAAUUUGGACAAUAUGCAGGCGGCAACUUCUAGUCAAAGCACCUCCACUGCCACCAAUGCCCUUGUUCAUUAUGCCAACGACUCGCAGGUCCUGGCAAAUUGCGAUGUUUAUGCCGAGCCCAUAGCGCUUACCGAUUGCAACAUCGAACUGAUGGAUCAGUUUCAGCCCACGGAUCAAAUCGACCUGACCAGCGAGGAGAUACAGCUUCCUUUGAUUAGUGAGCCCUACAACAUCCUAGCAGCUCCGUCUGUUUUUGCGGAAUCCUCCCCCGCGGUGGUGUCCGACCAACUGCCAAUUGAGUUGGCUACCAUAGCAGUGGUUAAGAAGACUCCGGUGAAGGCUUCGGAAAUUGUUAAUGAAGUUAAGUCCAGGAAGCAGCCUCCGCUGCCAGCGAAAAGAGAUUUAAUUGUAAACAAUUGUAAUACGGCUGCCAAGUGCAGACCCAUAAUGGAAACAAUUUGUUUGGAUCCGUCGGUUCAACCGUCUCUAUCCUACUCAGCAUGGCUGGAACAUGUUAUUGAACUGCUAAACGAAAGUCUGGAGCCUUCAGAAAUGCCUCCGGCAGGUGUUUCCAAACGUGUAGUUGAACAUAAGUUUCAUGUUCACAGAGAAAUAUUCUCCCACUUCUGCAAGAGCUUUAGUGCAGGAAUUAAGCGGCGUCCUUUGGAUAAAAUAUUGGUGAUUGAAUCCGGCAAAUACAAGGGUCUCACCAAAUAUGUUUGGCACUUCACAACAUCGCACAAUGUGAAGCGAAUCUUCAAUACUUCAAAUAUAAGUAUUCAAAUGGAUCGUGCCUUUGAACGCGAUAAGGAGGGAAAUUUUGUUCCCUAUGUACGCCCGGCCAGCGACUAUAUCCUACCGGGUGCCUCCAGGAAGCGCCCCAUGUACAAGAGACUUAAACUAUACAUGCCGAGGAUCAUAUUCGAAGAUGCACCAAAAGAACAAAAGGGAAACGGAUUGCUGGUAACAUGGACUCCCGAUGUCCUGCCCCAUAGCCAGUUCGGACUUAUGCACUUGGAGUUCGUUGUGGAGACAAAAUCGCCCAGUUAGGGUGAAGCAUUUGUUACCUUUGCCGUUGUCAGUAUGAGAAUUUACAAGCCUUCUAGCGUUUAAGUUGUCUUAACCUAAGUCGGACUAGUGCCUAAGAAACGGAAUCUCACAAAAAUUGGUCAUUAGUUGGUUAAUAUGUGGUGCCGCCUAUUCGCUAACAGAUGGCCAAUGAUUGGACUGGAAAUGCGUUCGUCUUGAUAAGAUCCAGAUUGAAGGGACGAGAGGCGAGAGGUUUCAGGUGUUGCCACCGUAGUCGAACCCAUCGCUAUAUCCUAUAGUAGUCUAACUACAUUUGAUUGGGUGGAGAGACGGGGUAACUCUAAAAGGAAACUGAAGGGACCUUUGACAUUUGAUCGAUUACAUAAUCAGUAUAUAUGCUUAUUCAAGUUAAAGUGUACAAAAAACCAGUCUUUAAAACAUUUUUGUUUAUCGAUUCUUAUCCUUCUUUUGCUUUAUGCUUUACAUAUAAAAUGUAAAAAUAUUAACUACCGUCCUUGCCUGCUAAGCUGUAUUCCGGGGGGGAGUGUGUCACUAAAUCCCUUUGAUUCGACAUCCCUCCAUUGACAUUCAAGAGUGCCAAAUUUAAUUUAAUAAGUAUCCACAUCAGAGGCUAAAUUUAAAAACUGUACACAUUAAGAUUCGGCUGUUAUAAUCGGGGGAAUGCCCUGUGCAUCGACAAGAAAAAAAAACGAUAUUUAAUUUAAGUUUUCAAUGGGAUUUUCUUAUUUUUUUUUAGCAUUUGUUUCUCACUGUUUCACAUGAAUUAUAUAUUUUAAUAAUA